UUGGGGGCGGGAGCAGAGCUGCAAAAACAAAAUGGGAUACAUUCCUUUUAGCCUAUGAACAAAACACAACCCGUCCCUCCCUCAGGUAAACCCAGCCUGCGCCUAAUCAACUUGCUGCAAACUUCUAGAAAGAACGUUAUUCAAACGGUAGAGAUUCACAACAAUGGAGAAUUUUCAAUACACCCGCGACAAUGUCCCACUGCAAAUCCAAACCGAUAACUACGAGCGGCUGAGAGAAGAUCGGGGGGUAUGCAGCCCCGCGGUGGUGAACAUGGGUCCUCCUGUAUACCCCCAGGUUCGGGAUCACAUUGUUUGGUCAAUUUUUAACACCAUCUAUAUGAACUUCUGCUGUUUGGGAUUCGCAGCCCUGCUUUUCUCAAUCAAGUCGAGAGACAGGAAAGUUGUGGGAGAUCUGGAGGGAGCUCGCCACUAUGGGUCUACUGCACGCUGCCUCAAUGUGACUGCCCUGGUCUUGACCAUCCUCACCUUCCUCAUUAUGAUUAUUCUGCUUGCUGUUGGAGUCCUUCAGAUCUACAAUAUUGCCAGGCAAGAAGCCCAGGACCAGCAUAACCUGUUCCAAGGAAAUGGAAAGUAAAGAAAGAAGGCAGGAACAAAAUUACUAGUUUCAGCUGACUUGCAGCUAAAAGUUUUCCUGCAGCACAAGUUUUUGUAAUAGUAUCUUUGCUUUUUUUAAAAUGUUUUUUUGUAAUGUUUGUUUUCACACUUCAGUAAGAAAAAAUAAGUCCAGCUUUUAAAUUCUCAACAUGGUUUUCCAUUGUAUUUUUAGGGAGGGUCGGGAAUCGCAUCCAUUUUGUUCUGUUGCUAUGGGUGACUAGGGGUAGUGGCUGUCGUAUGAUGUUAACGUAGUUCUUUUUAUCAAGUUUCUACAGUGAAUCCUUUUCUUUCAUUAUUUUGACUAUAAUGACCACAUUAUUUACUACUUUAACAUUUUUUUUGAGUACUGACAUAAGUUUAAGCAGCAAUACCUAUUCUUUGGUAACUUGUGAAUUUCUAAUUAUACCUGGUGCCAUUAGUCAAAAUAUAAUUAAUAUCUUUCACUUAGAAGUACAGUAGUUUAAAAUGUUGAGGCAAUUGAUUUGAGCUGAACUUUUGAAUUUAAAAUCUUUAAAUAUAUAUGAAAAAAAACAGGAAAAUAACAUUAAAUGCAAAUAACAAUCAAUGCACACAGCUUGAACAAUGUAUGAAUACAAUUGCAAGUAAAUAAAUAAGUACAUAGAUAAAAAAAA